CUGCGUCUGGGAUAUACCGUGAGGUGGCAGACCUCAAGAAAGUUGGGCGUAUCAUAUACAGACAGUUGGGGGAGUUUCCCAAGAUGGCUGAUACAUUAGUGAGAGCCGGCGGCCACACCCUCGUCGAUGUUGAUAUUAACAUUAGAAACUCAAUGGCUCAGGAUGUCUCACGAACAGGUCGAUGCGACUACUACAUGUCGAGAGAAAAAGUCCUGUCUUUUCCCUUCGUUAUGAUUCUCAAGAAGUACAGCCCUCUCACUCCUGUCAUUAAUAAAAGGGUUAUGGCAAUACACGAAGCAGGACUGAUGGACAAGUGGAUCAAGUAUAGUGUUGGAAAUGCAACGACCUGUGUGCAGGCGCCACAGAAAAUUACCGUAACCUCAAAUCUCUCUAUCACAAAUCUCUGGGGUAUGUUCGUGGUGGUCGGAGGUGGACUCUUUAUCGGUUUCCUUGUGUUCAUAUUUGAGGUAUUCGUCGCCUGUGUACUUCAGUAGCAGAGUUUCUUUACCCAAGGCUGAUGGACGUUAUCUCUCUUCAUCAACAGGACUGGGAGAGAAGUUUUUCGUCAGUAGAGAUCGUGUUGUCGAAAACAAAAUUAUAUAUCCUGCAUGGCAAAUUGCCCAGUUGAAAAAUGAAUCUCACCACGAAAAUCCCAUGAGCCAAAGAUGCACUGAGUUACUAAGUUGUUAGAUUGGAUAGGUUUCCCUCCUAAAACCCACAAUAUAAACUGUUUCUGGCACAGAACCCUUUCAAGGUGCUCAAUAUUUAUUACAUUUAUUAUAUUAGCUAUACGCAUAUAUCGGUAUUUUAAUUGGAUUUCGCAGUUUAGUUUAUUCAACCCUUGAGAAUAAUCAUUUAGCCCCCGAAAUACAAAGUCAUCGUCGUAAAGAGAAUUGGUCAUGGUAAUGAAUGAGCUACAAACAUUGGGCUAAUGUAUUAUGCUUGACUCGGUGUUAUGAGAGAUUUUAUCUAA